GCUAGUGGAGGGAUGUAGGAACUAGAGAGGGGACUUUUCGCAGCUGGUCUUCCCCCCUCAUAUGGCAGCGGUAUCGGUGAAAUAUCUGUUAUUGUGGCCGCUGCUAUGGCUCUGCGUCCGGCUGUCGGAGACCGAAAACUCCCGCGUUUCUCCGGACGAUGACCCCCUGCGGCCGUACGCCCGGGGGCACGGCCCCUCCCACUCGCACCGCCACGUCAGGGACUGUCUCUCCGUCACCGGGGGAAACACCGCCCACGAGACCCAGACCCCCCCACACCACGGGGGGGACCCCGAGGCCACCGUGUUCGUGUCCAAAGUGCCGGGAAGCUCCAGAUGGGUCUACGGUCACAUGACUGUGGUCCCCGACCCCCUGAGGCAGCUGUCGGUGUUGGAGCCGGGGCAGCAGGGGGGCUGUGAGGGGCAGCGGAGGGUCUCUGUGGAGGAGACGGCGAGGGCUGCUGGGUGUCUGUACGCCCAGAACGCCGGCUUCUUCAACACAGAGUCUGGAGCCUGCCUGGGCAACGUGGUGAGCGACGGCCGCAUGGUGAGGGACAGCGGGGGGGUGCAGAACGCUCAGUUUGGCAUCCGGAGGGACGGCACCCUGGUGUUCGGGUAUCUGUCUCAGGAGGACGUUCUGGACCGGUCCAACCCGUUUGAGCAGCUGGUCAGCGGCGUGGUGUGGCUGCUGAGGAACGGAGAGGUUUACAUCAACCAGAGUCUGAAGGCCGAGUGCGACGAGACGCAGGAGACCGGGAAGUUUCGCACUUUUGUGGACGUGGUGUCGGGCCGGACGGCGGUGGGCCACGACGCCGAGGGGAGGCUGGUCCUGUUCCACAUCGACGGGCAGACGGGAGUCAGGGGAAUGAAUCUGUGGGAGAUGGCUGAGUCUCUGAAGAGUUACGGAGUCGUUAACGCCAUCAAUCUGGACGGAGGCGGCUCCUCCACCUUCGUGAUCAACGGCUCGUUAGCAAGCUACCCCUCCGAUCACUGUAAGCCUGACAGCAGGUGGCGCUGUGCUCGUCACGUCUCCACCGUGCUGUGUGUUCACCGGCGGCGCUGCCAGCCUGCAGACUGCGGACACGGGGUCUGCACCGCCAAUGAUUGUGUCUGUGAUGCCGGAUGGAGAGGAGAGAACUGCAGCCAAGAGUGCCUCCCCGGUUUCUACGGUGACCGCUGCAAUCAAACCUGCGCCUGUGUUAACGGCGGCUCCUGUGAUCCCGUCCACGGACGCUGCUCAUGCCCCGCCGGCUUCCACGGACAAACCUGUGAAAACGUGUGUGCGCUGGGGUUCUUCGGCCCGGCCUGUCUUCAGGAGUGUGUGUGUGACCAUCAGUGUCCAUGUGACCCGCAGACAGGAAGCUGCAACGCCACACUGAGAGCAGAGACCAACUACACCUUACACACAGCUGGACGUUGCUUAGCCAAUCAGAUGUUUACAUUAUGGAGACGAGAGGAAGAGGAGCACAGAGAACAGCCUCGUCUCACAGAGCGCUCCUGGGUGCUGCUCAGCUGCUCCCUCGCCGCCCUGCUCUCCCUCAGCCUGCUGCUCCAUCUGCUCCGGGCGUGCCGCGGCGCCACCUGCCAAUGGGAACCUGAAGGCCUCGACUACUCGUACGUCCCGCUGACGCACAUCAACGGAGCCGCCGGGAAAUCCGGUUUCCAAUUGGACGACUCGGACUUUCAGGAUGAAAUCUGGUCUCCGUCUCGCUCGGGGAGGACGGGAGACGACGAGUAAAAACUCUCUUAUUGCACAGAGACAAAUAAUCUGAGAGGUGCAGGGAGUCUGUGCUUGAACCAGGGAGAUGUUGCCUUCAGGGUCCAAUGGGAUUUCUCCAUGUGAUUUGGGAUUAUGCUGAAAAUAAUCUCUGCGGCAAACACAUAUUUACACGUUUAGUUCAGCAGGAUAUCUCCACAUAUUAACCCCACUUUAUGACAGCACGGUCACAUGACUUCACGUCACCACCGCUAAGCUAAAGGUGGCUAAUGUUGGGCGUGAUGGCGUUUAGUCGUCUCAUUUAGACACUUGUUAGCAACCGCUGUUUUUAAAUCCACCAGUGAGGGAUUAACUGACGUAUUUUAUGUCGUAGAAUAAAAUCUUGUGUUAACGACAGACCUUAUUUCAGGAUAACAACAAAAAACGUCCAGACCGGGGAACAGGAAGUGCUGAAAUGCUGACUCAUUUCCAGGGUUAAAGACUCAUUCCUGCACCUCUCUUUUUCCUCCUGGAGUGGGUUUUGUUACUUGUUUUUGUUUACAGCCUUUUAAACUGAAAGGCGAUCAGAGGUCAAAGCUCUAUUUCUCUCUCAGCUUCAUUUGUAAAUGUCUCUUUCUGCUGUCUCACGGAAACAGACACACUUUGAUGUUACUGAGUUUUUUAAUCAGACAUUUUCUUAUCAACAUGGGGGGGGGGGGGGGGGGGGGUUUAUACACGUCGUCAUGCACCGAGCUCCAUCUGAAUGUAAAAUAACGUUGAGGUCAAUGUGCACAUUUAUAUCUGAGAAAAACUAUAUUAAAGAAGCACAACUUUCUGCCACAAAUCUUCUUAUCAAAACGUCUUAUUGCUGAAUCACAUUCCUGAUGUCAUCUUCUCGAUGUCUUUCUGCCAGUUUUCAACACGAAUAAAUGUGAAUAUUAAGACUUACUUUUGACUGCUAAAA